AUGAGUGAUGAAGGUCGUGCAUUACGUCGUAAACAACAAGAAAAUGUUCGUGAAUUACGAUCAAAAUUAGUUGAUGCUGGCCUUCCAGUAAUAAUGUCACCAAGCCAUAUUAUACCAAUUCAUGUGGGUAAUGCAGCACUAGCUACAUUAUUAUGUAAUCAUUUACUUGAUCGUUAUUCAAUUUAUAUUCAAUCGAUUAAUUAUCCAACUGUUCAACGAGGAACAGAACGUUUAAGAAUUGCUGCUACACCUUAUCAUACAAGUGAAAUGAUCGAUCAAUUAGUAGAUGCAUUAACACAUGUUUGGAAAGAUGUUGGUCUUGCAUUAAAAAGUGUUGCACAACCACAACAGCAACAACCAAUAGCCUUGAGACAUCAUGCUUAA